CCAAACCGGGCAGCAAUUCAAAGUCCCCACCACUUUCCGCUUCAGCCAACCGCGGGAGAGGAGUCCGCCGUCGUCUAGUCUCGUCUCCCUCGCCGCCGCACGUAACCGCCCCGGUCCCUCCCCCGCACGUCACGCGCGCGGUCCCGCCCCCGGUCACAAAUUAACCGCCCUUCCAAAUCAAAUCAAAUGGCCCCGCCUACGCACCACCACCGGCAUCUUCUUCGUCUCCCGACCGUCCUCGUCUUCAUCCUCCUCUUCGUUGCCCGGAUGGAGCCCGCCGCGGGAGACACCGACGCCGAGGAGGGACGUUCUUCUUCCCGCGCGCUGCUGGGGCUUCUCCAGCGGGUGCAGUCGGGGGCGCUGCGCGCGCUGGGCCCGGCCAACUUCGACCCCAAGCUCUACGUCGACCUGCCCCUCGCCGCCGACCGCGCAGCCGCGGAGGCCGCGCUCGCCUCGGCGUCGGCGUCGCGGGAGGCCAUGGAGGCGUACCUGGCCCGCUACUUCGCGGCGGCGGGGUCCGACCUCGUGGCCGUCGACCCGCCGGACUUCGAGCCCGAGCCGCGGGGGUUCCUGCCGCGGGUGGUCGGGCCGGGCGGCGAGGCGCGGGCGUGGGCGCUCGAGGUGCACGCGCUGUGGAAGGACCUGGCGCGGGAGGUGGCGCCGGACGUCGCCGUGCGGCCGGGGCGCCACACGCUGCUGCCGCUGCCCCGCAGGGUCGUCGUGCCGGGGUCCAGGUUCCGGGAGGUUUACUACUGGGACUCCUACUGGGUCAUCAGAGGCUUGCUUGUGAGCAAAAUGUACGACACGGCGAAGGAUAUCGUGCUUAACCUUGUAUUCCUUGUGGAGAAAUAUGGUUUUGUUCUCAACGGUGCUAGAUCGUACUAUACUAAUCGAAGCCAACCACCACUUUUAAGCUCGAUGGUUUUAGAAAUAUACACGGCAACAGGUGAUUUGGGCUUUGUGAGGAGAGUAUUCCCCUCUCUUCUGAAAGAGCAUAGCUUCUGGACAUCAGAGCUACAUAACGUGGCAAUAAUGGACAGUCAUGGACUGGUACACAACUUGAGUCGUUACCAAGCUAUGUGGAACAAACCUAGGCCAGAAAGUGCAACAAUUGAUGAGGAACUGGCUUCAAAGCUUACUUCUACAUCCGCCAAGGAAAAGUUGUACCACGAGAUUGCUUCAGCAGCUGAAUCAGGAUGGGAUUUUAGCUCUCGAUGGAUGAGCAAUUCUACUGACAUGACAACAUUGGUGACAACUUUCAUUAUACCUGUGGACUUAAACACAUUCAUAUGCAAGAUGGAAAGGGAUAUAGCGGUCUUUGCUAAACUCAUCGGAGAGAAUGCAACUGCAGAAAUUUUUUCAGAGGCAUCAAAAGCACGCCAUAAGGCAAUUGAGUCUAUUUUAUGGAACUCUGAGAUGGAACAGUGGCUUGACUACUGGCUUCCUACUGAUGGAAACUGCCAGGGAAUCUACCAGUGGGAAUCAAAGUCACAGAACCGCAACAUCUUUGCUUCUAACUUCAUACCGUUGUGGUUAAAUGCACAUAAUUCAGGUUUUGCACGAUUUUUCGACGAAGCAAAAUCCAUGAGAGUCAUGAGAAGCCUCUGGACGUCAGGAUUGGUCCAUCCAGCAGGAAUAGCAACUUCUGUAUCAAAUACAGGGCAGCAAUGGGAUUUCCCAAAUGGAUGGGCACCGUUGCAGCAUCUGAUAGUUGAGGGAUUGCUGAACUCUGGUUCAGCAGAGGCAAAGAAGUUUGCUGAGGACAUUGCCACGAGAUGGGUGAGAACAAACUACGCAGCUUAUAAAUCAACCGGCGCGAUGCAUGAGAAGUACGAUGUGGAGGCCUGUGGAAAAUCUGGAGGUGGCGGUGAAUACAAACCCCAGACUGGUUUUGGUUGGUCCAAUGGUGUGAUAUUGUCAUUCUUGGACGAAUUCGGGUGGCCUGAGGACAAGGAAAUAGGGUGCUCAUCCUGAUGGGAUCAAGCGAGCCACCUUUAUCUCCUUAAGCAACUGUUAAUUAAGCACUUUAUUAAUCGUGUGCCUAGUGUAGUCUUUAUGAUGCAAAAUGUGCAGUUACUUCCUCUCUGUUGUUACUAAUAUCUUAGUAUCGUGUACUAAAAUCACGAUGUUCAUUGUAAAAACAGAAAUAUCAAUAUAUUAUCAUGAUUUUUUCAUAC